AAAAUGGUGCCUCGUCUGAGGCAACGCGUUUGUCUGGAAAGUUUAAGAAGAGAGCUGCAGCUCGUCGCCGUCUCUACACCUCCUCCGCCGCCCUCGCUCGCUGUCAGAGAUACUUGGAAAGGAACUUUUCGUGUCGAGACGGACGACAAUUGCGACUUUGCGACUACUGAUUGCCAGACUGGUAGUGUAGGGGACAAAAUCCCGGGCUUCAGGACUUCUGCCGUGUUCUUCACGUCUCUUCGAAGCAAUCUCCACCUGGGCGCAUCGCCCCCACCUUCGCCAAUGUCGACACCCCCGAGUAUGAGCGCAAGCGCCUCGCUGAUCGGCCCACCCUCUCCUCUACAGAACGCAGUCGACGAUGGCUCAAAAGUGCCCGAGGGACCUCUUGCAGGAAUCCCAGAUCUCAAGACAUAUGUCGCAGAGACAGAAGAGGAGAAAUUGGCUGCCUUGAAGCUGGUCGCCGAUGGAGUCGCUCAGAUGCGCCAGACGGCCAACCGCAUCCUGAUGUUCCACCCCUUGAAUUUGGCCGUCUUCAUUGCCUUUUUGGCCUUCGUCGUCCAGUACCUCUACAAGACCCGUGGCGAUUAUGGUGUUGUGCUCACCACAUCUUCUGGACUUAUAAUGGCGGCCAUGGUCACCAUCCGUCGCUACACCAACCCAUACAUCGCCAUCGCCGAAGAAACCCACAUCAGCAUGCUGGAAGACGCCGAUGUUUUGGUCACAAAGUUUGGCGAUGAGGUGAUUGGGACAGUCAUCAUGGGUUGGACAGACGCAGAGACAAAGGGCAAGAGACGCAAGUCGAAAGCCGAGAUCAAGGGCUGGGCAGUAAGACUACGAUACCGCGGCAAGGGUGAGGGUGUGGCCCUGCUUCAAGAAGCCGUCAACUUGGCCAAGAAGAAGGAUGCCGAUCGCAUCUCAUUUGCGCCCGACCACGCAAGUAAGUGCAUUGAUGUGCUUCAUAACCUGACUCGUUUUGACAGCAGACANGAUUCGAAGCGCGUUCUUUGGGACUUUUACAAUGGGCCCUUCAACAAGAGAGAGAAGAAGGCAGAAGCAAAACUGCAAUCUCUGUGGGACAACAACGCUAAAAGCAAGACCAAGUCGAAGAGAAGAUGA